UCAUUCUUGAACCUUUUUAUUAACUCAACUUUAUUAACUCAAUUGAGGCUUUUGGGUUUGAAGUAUGAUUUUAUUAUAAAUGGAUUCACUUGCCGCUGCCACUUUGUUCAUUUGGAAAGCUUGAAAGAUCGAGCAUAUCAUUUAUAUCAAUCAUCACCUACCUACUUUUACUGUUACCCCCCUUCAUCAAGAUAUAAAUAACAAGAAGCUUUCACUUCCCUUCCCACCUUAUCAUAUUCUGACUCGGGGUUGUUUCCAUUCUUUCUUCCUUUGCAUCUCCUCUUAUCUUUUCAAACAAGGAGUAAGAAUCGCGUUGUGCAUAUAUCGCUCAAUACGAAGAAUGCAAGACGAAAGAAAGAACUAUCAAUAAUCUUAUUCAUCUACUUCCUGGUCUGCCACUGCCACCAUUCUCCUAAGAAGAUAAGACCAGCUAGCCUAUCUAUCCGCAAAGAUAAUACCGGAAUAUUCAUAAUCAUCAUUGUUACCAUCAUCACCAUCAUCAGCCCUGUUCAGUACGUACAGGAUUAAAAAAGUCCCGCUGCGGUAUUCAAGAUCUCAUCUGAUUUGAUCAAAUAGGUACUACGGUGACGAUACAACCAAGCCAAACCAAACCAAACCAAACCAAACCAAACCAAACCAAACCAAACCAAACCAAACCAAAUCAAACCAAACCCAAAAAGUCUUUAUUCGUUGCUUAUUCUUUAAUACGCAAUAUACACACAAUUCGCCAUAUCACCAUUUCCCCAUUCAUUCGACAAUUUGCCAUUCGCCAUACGGCUUCGAGAUCGCCCAAUUAUAUUUGGAUCCACCUCUUGAGCCGCCUUCAAUUUGGAAUUUAUUCACUCAAUUUCUUGAAUCCAACCGUUCCUAACCGGAAGCCUUACAUCAAUCAACUAGGGACUUGUAACUAAGAGCGUAGAGCCAGGCACUUUCUGUGAUUCCAGCCAGACAUUUUAUAAUUCUAGUACCUUCUCAAUUUGAACACAACCAACGAACCACCCAAGUCCUGGGUAUAUCUUGCAUGAUAUACAUCUCACAUACCUCUUUUGAAGUCGCAUCGCAGUAGUACUUUCCUACCAUUCUCACAUAACAACUUGGAAUUGGUACAUGUGAUACGAGGACUACACGACACUCGAGUACAAAAACUGUCCGAGGUUAUCUAUCUAUCCAUCUAUCAGGUACGUACGUUUCUUUAUCCAUGGCGUCGCAGAUCUUCCAUUCCUUAUUUUUUGCAACCCAACCCACAUAAAAUUUCCUUAUCGCCUCCUAUCAAAAUAAUAAACGCCUCCACCACCCUGGGGCAGGGGCUUGGCAAUUUUCAAUUUCACCACUUCACGAUUUAAUGAGCAAGAGCACAAAUUCUGUCUCAGACAACCGUCCUCGGAACUUAUUCUGAGUUCAGGCUUGCUCUGGAGGAGUGAAUUAACUGAUAAGCAUCCUUCCUUAGCAAUGCAGGAAAUGCAAGUCAUGUCAAGGAAUGAAGCGGUCAAGGAAUCCGUGAGCUGGACCGCGACAGCUCAUUCCUCUUCCAACCAUUGACCCUACCUUACCGGCUGCCUAGUAUAGAUAAGGCGUCGAUCACCCUUUUAUCUUUCUCCUUUACUUUCAUUCACUGCCUGUUCCUCUUUAUCUGGUCGCAGCAGUUCAUUGCAAGAAGUCAUUCUCUACAUUGCAACCGCGAGUAAUGGCUGCACUUCUUUCUCCUAUCAAUACUGACUCAAUGGCUGCUUCUCAGCAGUUUCCCGCAUACAACGAACAAUCAUUCUCUCCCACGGAAGAAAAUAUGGCCACUGUCAGUAGUUCGACACCACGCUCCCCCCAUAAGUUGGUGGACCAAGUUAUCCGAACUCCCGGUCGACAACCUUCACCACAACCAACACAUUUCAACACGCCCCAUAGGAAUGGCAACGGAAAUGGACACCGCGUUUUACGUUCCGCCACGGUUGGGUAUGUUGCCCCCGAGUUCAAAGGCAGGACAGAGCAAAUGGGCAAAGGUGAGUUAGCUAGGCCCCUGAUGACUGGGCAAAUCUAACUCCUUGAAGUAAGGGAACAGAUCAAGGCAAUGAAAUGGAUACCAGAGGAAUUGAUUGAUGCACAAUUGGAGUGGUUCUACAAUGAGCUUGGAAUCGAUGACGUGUACUUCCAAACUGAGAGCGUUGAUGCCGUCGUCAGCAACAUCACUUCGCUUUAUGCUGCAAAGGUUGCUGCAUUUGCUCGGGAAGACAAACGUCAAGAGAUUCGAUUGGACAUGGAGUCUUCUGAUCACGCCAUAUAUAUUGACACCAGCGAACCCGGUGUUAGUGCAAUUGGCGGUCCUCGAUAUGAGCACAGACUAGAAGCCAAAUAUCUGGAUACAUCCUCGAAUCAGAGCUUUCGCGUUGAAAGUUUCCGCUCUACAAGCAAUUUGUAUAGUGGUCCUACUCCAACAAAUUCUUCGAUACGUUGUUACUUCGUGUAUCAAUCCCAAUUCGUUGACUCUAAUCCUUCGCCCAGCGAAACUCGCCUAGAAGUCAUCAGCGACCGAAUGUUCCUCGCCAAAUCUACCAAGAACACCAAGCAGAUUUAUCAAGAGAUUAUUGAACUUGCUGUCUCUCGUACUGGACCAGUUAUUGAAGUCUUUGAUAUUGAAGAUUCAAACGAAAAGAGGCUGGUCGUGGCCUUUAGGCGCAGAACAGCCUUGGGAUUAUUCAGUGCUCUGAGUGAUCUCUACCAUUCAUACGGAGUGACAAGCUCGAGAAAAUAUGUUGAGCAGUUCAGCAAUGGUAUCACUGUGAUGAGUUUGUACCUCAAGCCUGCAAGCAACCUAUCGGGGAAAUUCCCGACGCUUGAGCAAUCCAUUCAUCAAAUCACCAAGGAGAUUUCCCUGCUUUAUUGCAUACCACAAAACAAAUUCCAAGCAUUGUUUGCCAGUGGACGCUUAAGUCUCCAAGAGACAAUCUAUGGCCAUUGUGUUUGGGUUUUCGUUCAGCACUUCCUCAAUCGCUUGGGUUCCGAAUACUCCUCAUUGGUAUCUGCAUUAGAUCCACUCAACAGCUCCCACGCCGAGAUCUUAUCUACCAUCAAGCGCAGACUGCGCACCGAGACUUUUACCUCGGAUUAUAUUCUCGAGAUUAUCAGCAAUCAUCCAGAACUUGUCCGUUCAUUAUACGCUUCAUUUGCAACCACACAUCUUAGCCUUGCUCCCGGAUACAGCGAGGAUUCGAUUCCACCUUCCCCAUCUGGAGACGUUCUCAACGACAGAGAACUCAAAGAGCUAAUCUCGAGGACCGUGAACAAUGAGCACGAAGACAUGGUCAUGACUGCAUUCCGUAUCUUCAAUAAUUCUCUCUUGAAGACCAACUUUUACACGCCUACCAAGGUUGCUCUGAGCUUCCGCCUUGAUCCUUCAUUCCUCCCUGAGAUCGAGUACCCUCAGCCAUUAUAUGGCAUGUUUUUGGUAAUUACAUCCGAGUCACGUGGAUUCCACCUUCGAUUCCGGGACAUUGCUAGAGGAGGAAUCCGAAUUGUCAAAUCUCGAAAUCGUGAGGCAUACUCGAUCAAUGCUCGGUCUAUGUUCGACGAGAAUUAUGGUCUAGCCAACACCCAACAACGCAAGAACAAGGAUAUACCCGAAGGUGGCUCCAAGGGCGUUAUUCUUUUAGAUGCCAAUCAGCAGGACAAAGCCAGUGUAGCGUUCGAGAAGUACAUUGAUAGUAUCAUGGACCUUCUCCUACCGCCUUCGUCCCCAGGUAUCAAGAAUCCUAUCGUUGAUCUCCAUGGCAAGGAAGAGAUUCUUUUCAUGGGUCCUGAUGAGAACACUGCUGAUCUUGUAGACUGGGCUACGGAGCACGCUCGGAAGCGAAAUGCUCCGUGGUGGAAAUCAUUCUUCACUGGGAAGUCUCCUAAGUUAGGUGGUAUACCACACGAUAGUUAUGGUAUGACAUCUCUGUCAGUCAGAGAAUACGUCAAAGGCAUUUAUCGAAAGUUGGAGCUUGAUCCUAUCAAGGUUCGGAAGAUGCAAACUGGUGGCCCAGAUGGUGAUCUAGGAAGCAAUGAGAUCUUACUGAGUAACGAAACCUAUACUUCGAUUGUCGAUGGCAGUGGUGUAAUUGUCGAUCCACAAGGUCUCAACAUUGAUGAACUCAAGCGCUUGGCCACGAAGCGUGCUAUGAUCUCGGAGUUUGAUCUCUCAAAGCUAUCAAACGAAGGCUAUCGUGUUCUUGUCGAUGAAACAAACAUCACCUUGCCCAACGGGGACUCCAUCAGCAACGGUACAACAUUCCGUAACACUUUCCAUCUUCGUGACACUGGCAUUACUGAUGUUUUUGUUCCUUGCGGUGGUCGCCCAGCAGCUGUUGACCUUUCCAGUGUCAAUAAGCUUAUCAAGGAUGGGAAGUCGACCAUUCCAUACAUCGUCGAAGGUGCCAACCUUUUCAUUACGCAAGAUGCCAAGCUACGACUAGAAGAAGCCGGAUGCAUUCUUUUCAAGGAUGCUUCUGCAAACAAGGGUGGUGUGACAUCCUCAUCCCUAGAAGUCCUUGCAUCCUUGAGUUUCGACGAUGAAGGUUUCGUGGAAAACAUGUGUGUAGGAAACAAUGGCCAAGCUCCGGAAUUCUACAAAGAAUAUGUGAAGGAAGUUCAAGAGACCAUCAAGAUGAAUGCCGAGCUUGAGUUUGAGGCUAUUUGGCGAGAACAUGAACAGACGGGCAUUCCACGGAGCACAUUGAGUGACACGAUUAGUGUGGCCAUCACCAAACUUGAUGAAGAAUUGCAAACAUCUGAUUUAUGGAGAGAUGCGAAGUUAAGAAAAUCCGUGUUACUCGAUGCUUUGCCACAAUUGUUAUUGUCCAAGAUUGGUCUUGACACAAUUAUGCAAAGAGUAAGUUUAUCUAUCUCUAUUUACGCAAUCACUCAACUAAUAUCAAUAGGUUCCCGAAAACUAUCUCCGUGCGAUCUUCGGUAGCUAUCUUGCAAGCCGAUUCGUUUAUGAGGUCGGCAGUUCGCCAGGUCAAUUCGCUUUCUUUGACUUCAUGUCGAAGAGAUUGGCCAAUGUUCGCCCUAGGUCUCCCUCUUUGUAGGUGGGGCCGAUGCAUUCAAGCGGCUAUGGGUAUAUUUUGCAUGGAAAGGAGUUAUUAAUGGUGUUGGCAUGAAACUUUGGGCUAUACGUCGAGAUGAUCUGAAAAAGAAAACAUGAUAAGAUGCAUUAGUUAGCAUCGCGCGGUUUCGUUUGAUUUUCUUUAGCUUAAGAGGAGUUUGGUUGGUAAUAAGUGGAUCGGGUGAUUGACGUGCAGUCGGAAGUGACGUUCUCUUUGGGUUAUUAGUGACUGCAGUCAUCGUAGUCUUACCUCUUCAUAGGUAGACAACAGCAAAGUAAAGUGAAGGAAAAGCAUGAUUCUGUCUUUUUUCUUUCACAUCUGUGCGGAUUUGGACAUGAGCAAUCAGAUCAUUGGUGUACCACUCUAUUUAGUCUUCUUUCUUUGGCGCAUAGUAGACUAGAUCGUGGGCGGCGUAUUUGAAUGAAGACAUAGCAUUGGAUAGCAUUAGAUGUAAAAUUGCGCUACUCGUCCUUGAACAAGGAACGGUAAGCCUUAAAUAGAUGAUAUAAAGA